AUGUCUAAAAAACAUAAACAACCAAAUGAAAUUAUAGAAUUAGAUUUUGACAAUGACAACUCAAGUUCUACUUCCUCUAGUAUAUCAAAAGAAAAGAGAAGUGAUGUAUGGAAUCAUUUUAAUAAAUUUAAAGAUGAUAAAGGAAUUUUAAGAGCAAAAUGUCGAUAUUGUGAUAAAGGUGUAUAUAAUAUGAGUAGUUCAAAUUCUUCAACUGGAAACUUAUUCAAACAUCUUAAAAGUCAUCCAGACAAAACAACCUCUUCAGUUAAUAAACAAGCAAAUUUUAUGAUUAAAUUUUUAAAUAAAGACUCAAAUAUGAUAUUUUCUGAAAAAACUUUUCGUGAAAAAUUGGUUACAUGGAUUGUAACGGAUGAUCAACCAUUUAUAGUAGUUGAAUGUCUAGAAUUUCAGGAUUUAUUAAAUUACUGUAAUUCAACA